CAAAUUUGCACAACAAUAACUUUAUUAUCAUUUUGUUACAUUUUGAAAAUGCGGGAUAUUUUAAUAAACCCCAACUUUUUUACGUGGGGGUUUUAUCAAAAAGAGAGGAUGAUUAGGUUAAUUGAUGUUCGAAAAACUGGGUAUAUUAAGACUGAAAGUACAAUGUAAAGAAUUGCUACACAAAACUGUUAUGAGAUUAGAAGACAUUCGAAUAAUAUAAGUGGGCAGGGCUGUAAGGAGGCUAGCGAAGAAUGAAAGUUCCUGAUUACGGAAAUGAUUCUAAAAAAUUACGGUUAGAACAAGAAAUGAUCGAAAAAUGUGAAAAACACGUUGGAGUUACCUUUUAGUUAUGUUCUUAAAUGAUAAAGACAAUCAAUUUCUAGCCAGUUUUUAGUUUAUCCUUCACAAGGAACUUAAAAACUUUCUGGGGGUGUAUUGUGAGUGUCAUUAAUUGAUGCCAAAUCUAAAUCAAUCUGUUCGGCAUCAGCUGUGUCAACAAAGUGAUUGACGUGUUGCCAAUACCAUCGUCUGCUCGUCAUAAACAAUCACUAGACGUGGAACCUCGCGCGGGAGUUUCAGGUUACUUCGGUGAACUGUUUUCUAUGACUUUAGAGACGUAGUCAGCUGUUGUUAAAACUUGGGUUUGAAUGUUAGAUAUUGACGCCUGUUACACAACAUCCGCCUUUAGCACUUGUAAUGUGACAGUUCAUUCCAUUUUCGUGAGAAAAUAAGACCAGUGUGUAAGUAUAGCUAAAUUCCUUAUCGUUCAGUCUCUAUGUAAAACUUAAGUGCUCUUUUAGACGGCCUAAGUCGUCAAGCACUUUGCUAAACAUUGUAUGGAUGAACUUACCCUUUUUCGUUACCUCUUCUCACUCCUAUAACGUAUUAUACAAUAUUCAUUCUUUUCAUCUUCUGUUCGAUUUGUUAUAGUUUAUCAUCUGUUAUAUCGGUGUAUUUUUUAAACUUAAAAACCUCGUUCCAUCGUAUCUUUGUCUGUUUGGUCUGUAAAGUAAUCUAAUCUAAAAUGGUAAGAAGGGAACAGACGAAAAUACAAUAUGAAACGAGGCUAUUUUAAGAUUGACGUGUAUUCUGACUUAUUAGUGUACACUAUCAUAUUACAUUGGGAAGUCAUGAGUAAACCUGACUUUGUAUUAGGCUACGUCACCGUCCGCAUGACGUCACCACGCGCAUGUUCGACACGCUCUAAGACACCGCUAGCAGCAACCUUGAGUAGCUCGCCGUACUGGUGUGAUAAGGUAUCGCCGUGGCCGCUGUUAGUGUGUACGUGCUGUAAGCGAGCUGCCGCAGUGGAUGUUCGACUCCCGUCCUUAUUCCGUGUUUUUGUGUUUAGUUCAAGUUUCACUUGUGGUGGGUGGUCUGUAUACAGUGUUCAAUUCUGUCUCCCAUAAUCAUUUUACUUUUAGUUUGGACCUUUUAUAUUGUAUGUCUACUACUCGAUGCUACCAUAUGUCCACUAUAAAAACUUGUAUUUAUUCAUAGACGUUCAAUUAUUAUUGCACUCUACCGCCCUUUUCUGUUUGUAACAGUCACAUUCAUUUUCACACUUAAAGUCCAGAUGAUGACAGGGCAUGUUAAGUCCGCGUUCCUUAUGUUAUCCUUUUAUUGUUGUUUCCAUUGUAAAUGUAUUUGCUCAGAAGUUAAAGAGUGAACGGUUGGGUUAAUCUAAGCGCGAGUUUAAAGUCACGAAAUCCGUGAGGGGUUAUGAUGUAAUCGUCUUCGUUUAAAACUAAAUGUCAACGAGCUGUCAGAGGAUAAACGAACGAGAAGUAAACACCACUUAUCGUAGGUGUCAUAUAUCUCGCUAGGCCGACUAUGUAGUGAACAUUGUCGUAGUUUCUUGUUUCAGAUAACGAACAGUUGUUUUUAUGUUCUAGUGAAUAUUUCCUAAGGUAUAUUAAUAGCAGACUUCCAAACGACCAUGCCUAGACAUGUUUAUUGUUAACAUUAUGUACAUUAUAAACACUGAAGAAUGUGUUCAACAAGAGUGGUUAUGUUCUCCAGCUAAUAACAAACAGUUCCUUUGGUAAAUUUUAUUUUUUGUAAAUUACGCAGUCAAGGUCAUAAGUUCUCUAUUCUCUGUAAAUGCCACGAUAUCUUUAACCGCUAUUGUAAUGGAUUUUUGACGAGUGGGCCAUUUCUGAAUACAUAAAAUCGAACUGAAUGAUUCUAUAAUUACCAUUGUAUAAAAAUAAUGGAUUGGAAGAACACAUGUACGCAAAAAAUUAUCCUAUUGAUGUGUAACACGCCUUGUUCCGUUGGAUUUCAGUACAUCAGCUUGGCAAAAAAAAAAAAAAAAAAAAAAAAAAAAAAAAAAAAAAAAAAAAAAAAAAAAAAAAAAAAAAAAAAAAAAAACAGAUACACUCAUUUGAGAUUUGCCUACAUUAGGCUUCCGAGUACCAGCUGUUGAAGAAGCAACCUUGCCUGAACAAGACCUGUGUUUGAUCAGUAACAUAACUUUCUAUGAAAAGAAAACAAUGAUUUUGGCCAAUGGGAAUAAAUUUCGGAUUUUGUAGCUCUAUAUAUUUAUAUAGGAACUCGUUCCAGAUUCCUAAGGGUAAUAGCGUAUUUAAUAGUUACACAAAGAUAAUGCUUACCUUAGACUUCUUAGCAACUAGAAUCAGUCAACAGAGUUUCGCUGUGCAUUACUAGGUUUGUCAAUAAUAGUAUACUACCAAUUUCAUUAAAUAGCGCUGAUUAAAGGUGUUACUGACAGACUACUGUUGUAUCCACUGUAACUGCAUGCCCCUAAACAUGUACUCGCCAACAAUAAUAUAGAAUAGUGAAAGCGACAAUUGUUUUCAGCUUGACAUUAUCAGUUUUAUAUAACACGCACGCAAUGUUUCUGGGUUAUUCUUUUACAAAAUAUUGGUUUGCUUUGAAGUGGUUAGGUAUGUUGUAAAGAAGUUUCUGAUAUUUUUGUUGGGACAAUACUGCAUGAAACAGAAUACCACGCGUUAUAUAAAUUCCUGCAAAUUGUUCAAAUUAUAAAAGAAAAACUAGCAAAAAUUUGGACGAAUAUAUUGAGAAGUAGAAAAACCAACAAUGAGAACACAAGUUAGGAAGACAUUAUUGAAUAUUCAGCAAAUACAUUUGUUGCUGGGAAUAUCCAUAAAAGAGGGAGAUGUAUUUAAGAGUAAUUGUCAAGCAGUGCAUUGAGAACUCGUUGCUCAAAUUCAGUUAGAUCCUCCUAAAUCCUGAUUUUUUUUCUUCUGCAGCUAUUUAUCGCUAAUCUCAUACUUUCUUCAUUGUUAAAGACUACUAAUAAUCAGUUGUACAGAGUUAAUAGUGACACUAUUGGAGUCAAAUGUUUUAUCGCUAUAAAGAUAACGGCUUGGUCAGCCGAGCUUGCGGCUUCAACUUCUCUCUAUAUAAAUCUAUGCAAAUGAGUUUAUACUAUAGCUCGUCUGAGCAUUCGUGAUUUGUAUUCUGUCAAGUGAUAUCUAGAUCGAUAUGUUUCGUUCUUGUCAAAGCCGGAUUCAUUAAUUUAAGACCGUUCGUAAACUAGAAAUACUUUCUACUAUUGUUCGAACAAUGGCUGUUUUUCUUGGUUUACAUUACUGUUUCAAACGUUAGAGUAUCAUAGAAAUAGUUGUGUAAAUGUAACGGAGUUAGACGAACUCGAGUGUAACACAUCAUACGUACAUACAGCUAUUACCACACAAUACUGAGCCAAACCGUACAACUCAGAACAUGAUCACGGUAUCGAAGGUCUAUCAAUACAAUGUCUAUGGCAGUACACAAAGAACAGUCGGUAUUCUCGCCUGAUGCGGUCCAGAUUGAAGUAAGGUGAGGAGGGAGACCAUGACACCACCUCUGGUGCGCAAGAACAAGAAUCCCCUGGAGACGCUGCGAGUGCUGCACGCUCACUACCAGAGACUGUUGGACAAGGGGAUGGAGUACCUCAGACACAGAGUGAUGUUCCUGGACAGACUGAUGCGGCGGUCAGAGUCCGGGCUCAUGAGAGACGAGAUGUCACUCAGCCGGACAGAUAUAGUCCCCAGGAUGGUUUUGGAUCCCAAAAGCGGUGGCAGCCAUAACGACUACGGGAGUAUUUCCGCUGAAGGGGAAGCGACCGGCGGGCCAUCGGCAGGCGCAGCGCCCGUGUCGGUGUCCGGGCCGGCCGGCGCAGCCAUGACACAGAGUGACCUGUAUCAACGGCAGCCAUUGCUGCCGGACACAGGAGGGUGGGUGACUGGAGCAACUCUGGCACAGCCGCCAGAUUACGACGAGGACGACGAAGACAAGAUGGAUGGGCUCAAGCGCAACACCAUCAACUCAAACGGUGUUGUGAGAAUAGAGGUCCCCUCACCUCUGCGUGAUGAGCCCAGAUACCCCAAGGAGAAGAUGAAAACUUUUAUAGCAUUCCUGACAUUCUUGCUAAACAUGGUUCUGUCGACACUAUCACUGGCUCUGGUUCACGAAAGGGUGCCUGAUCGCUCGUACCCACCACUGCCUGAUACGUUCCUCGACAACGUGCCCACGUUAGAUUGGACGCUGGAUAUCUCUGAAAUACUCAUUAUGAUCUCCACCAACGUCACGGUGCUGGUCAUCGUCAUGCACAAACACAGGUAUAUAGUGUUCAGAAGAGUAUUUCUGAUUCUCUCAUUGCUGUAUCUCAUGCGGUCCAUCACCAUGUACGUGACAGUGUUGCCAAUGUCCAGCACUACAUACAUCUGUUCACCCAAGGUGAACCACACAAGUGUUGCGAUAGUGGCCAAGAGAGUGUUCCAGCUAAUAUCUGGCAUGGGGUUGUCUAUCAAUGGCAAACAUACAUAUUGUGGUGACUACAUCUACAGUGGCCAUACCAUCAUACUCAUCAUGAGUUACCUCAUAAUUUCUGAGUACUCACCCAAGAGGCUGUGGCCACUGCAUUGGGCGUCAUUUGUGGUGUCAGCAGUGGGUGUGAUGUUUGUGUUGGUGGCUCGAGGCCAUUACACUGUAGAUGUCAUCAUAGCUUACUGGGUCACCACAAGGGUCUUCUGGAUCUACCACACUCUUGCCAACCACUCUAUACUCAAGAAUAGUACAGCCAACAACCUGCUGAGCCGAGCUUGGUGGUUCCGGCUAUUCCGCUACUUUGAGGGCAAUGUCGGAGGCCCUCUGCCCCGCCUUCAUGACUGGCCUCUGCCGUGGCCCCGCCGUUUCCUCGCCAAGCACCCUAACCGUGACAGUUAGUACCCCCCUGCCCUACGCCCUCGCCAGUCUGCCAAAACCACAUCUUGUGUUUGUUGCUUUUUAAAUUCAGAUAAGCAAAGAAGCCGUUGUUUGUACCAGACGUGCAGUAGAGGAUGAGCUCUCCUCCCGUUGUAACCAGAGAGACCACAGAACAGGUUCUCGUAGCGCACUUCACACCACUGUCAAAUAGUAUUUGUUAACACAAUGUACGGGGGCAAAUCAUAGAAUAUACAAACUUUCUGUUUUACAAGUUUUAUUUUAGAGUAGAAUGUUAUUUUAACAUUUGGACCAGGAACACGCUAGAUUUACAGUUAUGAUUUUAUAAUGUCCAAAGAUUUCAAAUUUUAUAUAAGUUUGGGGGUUUUAAUUUUUUAUCAUCAAACAUGAUUUUCUUUUUACGGCAGACAAGAGACAAGAUUUAAUAGAAAAAUGGAUUAAAAUUAUUUAUUCAAGUAUCAAUAUAUUUAUUAUUUUCUAACAUAAUCAUCACUAGGGAGUUUUACUAUUAUUUAACACGUGUUUAAACAUUCAUUGAAGAAUCAUUUUUUACAUUGAUAUCAUGUCACAGUAGGUUUGUAAAACACAUGUGCUAACAACCAGCUUCGCUUAAGUCUACACCAACUUUGAUGUACGUAAUAACGAUAUUUAUACAGAAAUUAGUAUGUAUAUAAUUAACGUUGAAGUAAUAGUGCCGUAGUUAGAAAUGUGAUAAUGCAUACCAAUAUUCAAAGCCAAUCAACCUUGCACAAUAAGUAGGACCUUUCUAUGAUUCUAAACUCACUGCGAUUGUUCUGUAGCAUUUUUGAAUCAAGAACCUUUAAGACUGAACUGUGAUCAUUUAGUGAUUGGUGGAGAGAACUCAUUAGGAUUGUAGGCCCUUCUUUCCAUAUAAGCCGUUGCUAGAUUGAGGAACUAUAAUUAUUUUACUUUUGAACAAAACAGUGUAUUACGUUAGCACCUCCUGGAGUUCUUUUUUUAAUUUACAGUACAGUUGUUCUAUAAAAGUAGAUUUUCAUGUGAUCCUAAAUUAAUAAUAUGUAACCGUCUAUAGAGUUUACAGGAAAUAAACAUACUCGUACAAAAUACUAUAGGUAAAGAAAUAGCUGAAUUAGCCUUGGACCAGGGCAUUUAUAGCAUAUAGUUUUAUUGUACAGUCAUAGUGUGUACUUACCUGAACAUUCACAUGAUAGGAUUUUGGUACGACUCAGGCCCUAACUUAGCUGUAUUGUAUAUAACCUGCUUCCAGAGUAUCAUUAGCUUAGCGUAAAUAGUGUUGUCUUCCGUUAGUCACUUUCCGACCCCAUCUAUUUGCUAGGUGUAAAUACAUAUGUACAUUCUGUAUAGAUUGUAAUUGUUUAUUCUUGAUAGGUUACAACAAAGUGUCUUGUUUCAUUGUUAGAUCAAGUUUCAUUCUAUAACUUGUUGUUGGUUCUAUUUUGCUCACUGGACAAGUAAGUUGCAACCUCUUGUUUGUCAAUAUCUGGACAAUAACCCUUCAACAUUGAGUUCUGUGGUCAUCUGUACUCGUCAUUUCCAAAUUUCUAGCCCUCAUAAUGAAAAAUAUAUAUUUAUGUACAUAUUAGAAACAUAAGAUUAUUGAUUUAUUUUUUAACAUAAACAAAUGAAAACCUACCUAAGAUAUACCUAAUAUUGAUAUAGCCAUUAGUGUAUCAUGAUAUUUUGACAUUCAAUAUAUCGCUAGUACAGUGGGCAACUUAGAACGUAAUGCCUCUCAACCAUUUACUUGCUAGACUGUCCUCGGGUAAUGGAAACAGAGUUAUUUAGUGCUAAGUAAUUUAGUUAAGUCGCCAAUUAAACUGCAGAAGCUCUAUUUUCUUAAAGUACAAAUGUGUAAAGUCGAUGUUAAACCUGAAUAUAUAUGAUAGUGAUCAUGCAACUUCGCCAACACAGGUGAAACCUGUGAAGUUAAAUCAUCUGGUGUAGUUUGAUUUUAUUUAGUGGUGUUCUAGUUAUAUAAGCUUUUCAACCGAAAUUAUGGAACAAGUGAUGAUUACCUGUGAAAAUAUUAAACAGGUUUUUAAAAUUAAUUUUCAAUUAUAAAUUAUCUACCACAUCAAAUUUGUAAGUUAAACAAUACCAUUUUUUGGAUUUUACGUGAUAUAUUUACAACCAAUGUUAGUAUUACACAAAACUUCAAUAAAAUCUUGUUUUAGACCUAACACUUGAGUUUUAUUAGUCUUUGUCUUUUUUAAUGUCUUUAACAAAAAUAUGUUAUUUUCAUCAUGAUAUUGUUUGUUUUAAUCGAGUUAAGUAUUUAGGGUAAACAUUUAUUUUUAAAAUUUAUGUUCCAAUUUUAUUGUGUUCAUAAAGUAUAUUAAUUUAUACCUAAUUUGUAAUAAGUUUGAGAAAUCUAACCUAACUUUUUGAAACUUUUUGCUUUCAAUAUUGUUAUGGAGUAAGAAGCCUGCCUGCAUCAUGGUAUGACAUCAUAAUUUUAAUUCAACUUUAGGCCCAAUAACUGCAGUUAAUUUCAUUACAAUUUAAACUGUUUGGGAAAAUACAAUUUGAAUUUUUACAUAAUUGAAUGUGCACUUUGUAAUUGUAUUUUAAACUUUCUUAUGUAUAAUUAUUGUUUAAACUAUAAUAAUUUCUUAUGUUUGAAACCAUGAAGUUACGGACAGAUUAUAUUAUUUGUUAAGAAAAUAAGUUUAAUACCUUGUAAUUACAGGCAGUGUUAAAUCAAUCUUAAAUAACUUUAAUAAUUGAAUGUACAAUGUUACAGGAGAAUUAAGUUAAAUAGGUUGCAUGGUCACACUUGCUCUGUACGCUUCUCAGAUGAAAUAGUUUAAUGUUGAUUUAUAGUUUAGUUAGUUGUAUGUUGUAAUCGUAAGCUUGUAUCACACAUCUGAAAGUUGCAAGUUAUCAGUCAGUUUUGACCUGCUCGCGAGUAAAAUCAGUUUGAGUAGCAGAGACAUGUAACUUUAUCCUUUAUUUCGUUUUACAUAUAUAAAUAUUUUCAGCUUUCAUUAUGUAUAUAAUGCUAGAAACAUAAUUCGGAUGCAUUGAUUGAGAUCAGUAAGAUUCUAUACCACAGUAAUGUUCUUUCACCAUUGUACUGUAUUGGCUCUUAAUUUUAUUAUACUCUUCGUAGAAAUGUAUUUAUUCGUAUGGUUAUUAAAUGAGAAAUAUAAACAAAACGAACUAUUUAUACAAACUUAUACAUGUAUUAUUAUACACAUUUUUUAACAGUGUUAUUUGUUUAGGCAUGAGGUGAUUGCAAAAAAUUUUUAUUUGAUUCUACAUUGCAAAUGUUUUAAACUUUUUGAUUCGUAUGUUUUGCUGUAAGUGUUUUACAAGUAAUUUAUUUGACAUUUGUUAGUUCUUUAAUUUAUGUGCACAUUUAAAAACAUACUAAUAGUUCAUUUAUAUGUACAUUUAUAUAAGGCAAAUACCUUAUUUUGUAUUGAACAGUUGACAGAAGACUGGUGUCACAUACAUUCAGGCAACACUAAUGGAAGUUAGUAACCAAAAAUAUUGAGAUAUUCGGAUAAGAAGAUAAUUUAGUCAUUAGGUCUAGUUCACUGUGCGUUAGGAAGCCUGUAACUGAGGAGACAACUCCUUCGGAGAACUUGUUGUGUAGGGACUUUGGAAGCCGAGCAUAAUACCUUUAAGGUCUAAAAGUAAUGCGGGUUUUCUCAGCUUCUUAUUGUGUUAGAGAAAUUAAUAAUGUAAAAUGAACUGAAGGCAUUUGUCACACACAUUCUUAUUUUAUUUCAUCCUUAAACAUCAACCCACAUAGUGCUAUAAUACAAUAAUUACUAUCGUAUCAUUAUUGUUAUGCCACAAUAAACCACAAACUUCAAAAUUUGUGAAUUAUGUAUGUGCUACGUAAAGACUAUUUAUUCACACAUAAUAUAAUAUGGGUUUAAAAACAUAUUUAUAAAAUAAAUAUUUUCUUCACAGCAUUUCAUUUUGUUUUAAAACAAAUAUCCAUCUUGUUUACAUUGUUACAUGAUGGAAAAUGGCUUUUUGAUAAUUUUUAAUACAACUACCAAGUCAAAAAACAAUAUUUACCCUAUUUAGCUGUUGAAAUUCUAAUUAUCAUUAUGGAAACUAUUAACAUGAAAGAAGAAGAUAUCAUUUUUCCAUCUAUUUGCAAGAUAAAAUACUGAGUUUUUAAAUCAUUGAAAUUGCUAAGAAUGAGAAAAGGCAGUUUUCUUAAGUUUUAUUUGUUGGAUGUCAGCGCUAAAAAGGUUAAACCAUAUUUCCUGUUAUCUUACAUAUUUAGUUGUUUCAUUUCAUUGCCUGUUUGAGUUGGAUAAAUUAUAUUAUGUUAUCUGAAGCAUAUUUUAUUAGUUUUUAAUAAAUUAAAUUUAAAUAUAUGCUUACAUGCUAUAAUAUAAAAAUUUUCCAGGAUAAAUACAUUUGCUGCGAAGAGUAUAAUAUGUCAUUAUUUAUCUUCAUUGAUGAUUGAAGAUUCAUGGUUCAGAGAUAAUGUAUUGAAAUAAAUAUUUGAGUGUAGAGUUUUAAAUUGCUAUUUUCUUAAAUGAAAAGUGAUUAAUUGGAUAUUUUCUGUGUAGGGAAUAUAGUUUUAUUAUAAAAAUAAAACUGUUUUAACCAUUCUAAAUUCAGUGAAUUUUAGUCAGUAUUAAUUGUCAAAAAAUGUCAAUUCUAGUUUUAUGAAUGAUUUUAAUCACUGUUGCAUGACGUUUAAUAAUUAAAUUUUUAGUUUUUAUUGGAAUAUGACUAGUUUUCAUCCAUAGUAUUACAAUCUGUGUAAAUUUUUCCCUUUUAUAUUGUUCCUAGUAAUCCAUCCAUUGUUGUAGAUUUUGUGGUACCUGACUAAUGAAAUUGUAAAAGUGAUUAAAUCUGCAAAAAAUAAUGAUUUUCCUAACUGUAGCUCUAAUUUGUAAUGAUGUACUACUACUAUUAUAUUUUGUCAUUAAUUCAGUUGUGGCAAACAGUAGAUGUUGGUUAAUACAAGCACAAAUGUUAUGUCUGUUUUGUUCACAGUGCUCGAACCAAACCAAUACUUUGUCGACUCUGACAACGAACUCUUGGUUUUGUAAAUAUUUAAUAUAGUUUGUGUUUAUAUUGUUUUAAGGUGCGUUCGCUUCAACUGUUGAGAUGUGGACUCAGUGUUAAUAUCAUUGAAAUGUGCCUAUAUUUUUUUAUCGAUUGAAUCUCUUGUCACUUUUGUUUUUGGACAUUAUGUUAUGCUUCAUAGAGUACUAUGUGUAUACUUUAAUUUUAACGAAUAAGGCUGAUAAUUAAUGUGAAUAUAGAUAACUGUUAGCAGUUUCACUUGUUUAAUAUUUAUUUUUUCUUGUAAGUACGAGAUACAAUAUUUGUUGUUACUUGCGGACAUGUAGCGGCAGGUUCGCCUGGAAAUGUGAUUGAAGCUGGUUCCAACGUUUCCUUCUGGAGAUGUUGUUUUUGUAAUGUGAUAUUAAAGUUUUUUAUGUCUUAA